AACACACUAUAAAAAUAACUAAAAAAAUUUCCCGUUUUCUCCAAAGUUAAAUCCAACAAUCAAAAACCCAACCGGAAUAUCUUCCCUCUUUGUUCUUUAUUUCUCCGUCGUCGUUCCUCCUCCGGGUUCGUCUCCGGAUCGUCGACGGUUCUCUUUUACCGACAGAUAUCAAAAGUAAAAUCUCUGUUUUACCCCUCUCUUUUCUUCUUUUUGUUGACAAAAUCUCUCAAGAAUACAGUAGAGACGUAGGGUUUUUAUUUUCGGGAAGAAUAAUAAUGGCGGCAGCUGCGGCGACGAUGGUGAGCUCGGCUGGAGGGUUACUGGCGAUGCUUAAUGAGAGCCAUCCUCAAUUGAAGUUCCAUGCUCUCUCUAAUCUCAUCAGCUUCGUUGACCAAUUUUGGCCUGAGAUCUCCACCAGCGUCCCUAUCAUAGAAAGUUUAUAUGAAGAUGAAGAAUUUGGCCAGCAUCAGAGACAACUUGCUGCAUUGCUCGUCUCAAAGGUCUUUUAUUUCUUGGGUGAACUUAAUGAUUCAUUGUCAUAUGCUCUUGGAGCUGGUCCCCUUUUUGAUGUUUCUGAGGAUUCUGAUUAUGUUCAUACUCUCCUUGCCAAGGCAAUAGAUGAGUAUGCCAGUCUUCGGUCGAAGGCUGCAGAAUCAAGCGAUGAAGCAGCAAAGGUUGACCCUAGGUUGGAGGCAAUUGUGGAGAGAAUGCUGGACAAGUGUAUCAUGGAUGAAAAAUACCAACAAGCUAUGGGAAUUGCAAUUGAGUGCCGGAGACUGGAUAAACUUGAGGAAGCAAUAACGAGGAGUGAUAAUGUUCAUGGAACUUUAGCAUAUUGCAUCAAUGUCUCUCAUUCAUAUGUCUAUCGCAGAGAAUUUCGCCGAGAGGUGCUUCGGCUUCUUGUUAAAGUAUACCAACAGUUGCCUUCUCCUGAUUAUUUGAGCAUUUGUCAGUGUCUCAUGUUCUUAGAUGAACCUGAAGGUGUUGCAAAUAUAUUGGAAAAGCUUCUUCGUUCAGAAAAUAAGGAGGAUGCUCUUUUGGCUUUUCAAGUUACCUUUGAUCUUGUGGAAAAUGAGCACCAGGCUUUUCUGUUAAAUGUAAGAGAUCGCCUUUCGGCUCCCAAAUCUCUGCCUUCAGAAUCAGUGCAGCCGGUACCCAACGAUCCUACUCCUGCUCAAAAUGAAAAUCCUACAGCUCCAGAGGAUAUUCAGAUGACAGAUGGAUCUGCUGCUGCUUCGACAAAUGUGCACGAGGCCGAUCCCAAAGAAGUUAUGUAUGCUGAGAGGCUGACAAAAAUCAAAGGAAUUUUGUCUGGAGAGACAUCUAUACAGUUGACUCUACAAUUCUUAUACAGUCAUAACAAGUCGGAUCUUUUAAUUUUGAAGACAAUAAAGCAGUCUGUUGAAAUGAGGAAUAGCAUCUGUCAUAGUGCUACAAUUUAUGCUAAUGCUAUAAUGCAUGCUGGAACAACUGUGGAUACAUUCCUGAGGGACAAUCUGGACUGGCUGAGUAGAGCCACCAAUUGGGCCAAAUUCAGUGCAACAGCUGGUCUUGGUGUUAUUCAUAGAGGACAUCUGCAACAGGGCAGGUCUCUGAUGGCUCCUUACCUGCCCCAAGGUGGGGCUGGUGGUGGUGGGAGUCCAUACUCUGAAGGUGGGGCACUAUAUGCUUUGGGUCUCAUUCAUGCCAACCAUGGUGAGGGCAUUAAGCAAUUCCUUCGUGAUAGCCUGCGCAGUACUAAUGUUGAGGUUAUCCAACAUGGUGCAUGCUUAGGUCUUGGUUUGGCAGCUCUUGGAACUGCUGAUGAAGAAAUCUAUGAUGACAUCAAAAGCGUGCUUUAUACUGACAGUGCUGUUGCGGGUGAAGCUGCUGGCAUCAGUAUGGGUUUGCUUAUGGUUGGAACUGCAAGUGAGAAGGCAAGUGAGAUGCUUGCUUAUGCACAUGAGACACAACAUGAGAAAAUUAUCAGGGGUUUAGCGUUAGGGAUAGCUCUUACAGUUUAUGGAAGGGAAGAAGAAGCAGAUACAUUAAUUGAGCAGAUGACUCGGGAUCAAGACCCCAUACUACGUUAUGGUGGUAUGUAUGCAUUAGCAUUGGCCUAUAGGGGGACUGCAAACAACAAGGCCAUACGUCAGCUGCUGCACUUUGCCGUAUCAGAUGUGAGUGAUGAUGUUAGGAGAACUGCUGUUUUAGCACUGGGAUUUGUCCUUUACUCAGAGCCAGAGCAGACUCCUCGAAUUGUCUCCUUACUAUCUGAAUCUUACAAUCCACAUGUUCGAUAUGGUGCGGCACUUGCAGUGGGCAUUUCAUGUGCUGGCACAGGAUUGAGUGAGGCCAUAUCAUUACUAGAACCCUUAACAUCAGAUGUUGUUGAUUUUGUUCGUCAAGGUGCCCUCAUUGCGAUGGCUAUGGUCAUGGUCCAGAUCAAUGGAGCCAGUGAUUCUCGUGUUGGAACAUUCAGGCGACAAUUAGAGAAAAUAAUACUCGAUAAGCAUGAAGACACAAUGAGCAAGAUGGGAGCAAUCUUGGCUUCUGGGAUUCUUGAUGCUGGUGGUAGGAAUGUGACUAUAAGAUUGCUUUCCAAGACAAAACAUGACAAAGUUACUGCAGUUGUUGGUCUUGCUGUUUUUAGCCAGUUUUGGUAUUGGUAUCCCCUCAUCUAUUUUGUGAGCUUGUCAUUCUCACCCACAGCUUUUAUCGGACUGAACUAUGACCUAAAAGUUCCAAGAUUUGAAUUCUUAUCACAUGCAAAACCUUCACUUUUUGAGUAUCCAAAACCAACUACUGUGCCCACCACUACAUCAGCUGUUAAACUUCCAACUGCUGUCCUGUCAACUUCAGCAAAGGCUAAAGCUAGGGCUAAGAAAGAGGCAGAACAAAAGGCAAGUGCUGAGAAAUCAUCUGGGGCAGAGUCCUCAUCUACUGGUCCAAGUACUGGAAAAGGGAAAUCGUCUGGUGAGAAGGAUGGGGAGGCUAUGCAGGUUGAUAACCUUCCAGAGAAGAAAGCGGAGCCUGAGCCAUCAUUCGAGGUUUUGACCAACCCAGCCAGAGUGGUUCCUGCUCAAGAGAAAUUCAUCAAGUUUUUAGAAGACAGCAGAUAUGUGCCGGUGAAGUUGGCACCAUCCGGGUUUGUUCUUCUUAGAGACCUGCGCCCUGAUGAACCUGAAGUGCUCUCUCUAACAGAUGCACCUGCAUCCACAGCAUCUCCAGCUGGUGGAUCAGCAGCUGGACAGCAGAGUUCUUCAUCAGCUAUGGCUGUUGAUGAUGAACCCCAGCCCCCUCAGCCUUUUGAAUACACAUCGUGAUUUGGUUUUCCUUCAUUUGGAUGAGUGUGUGAUUUUAUGCUUUUCACAUGGAGAAAUACGGUGCUCUGGAGGGAUGAGUUGAAUUGGGGUGAGGCAGUUGCUACUGCACUAUUGCAAGGUAUUGGUGACCUCAAUCUGAUUUGCAUGCAUCUAAAGGUUUCUAAGGUGCUGAGCUGUUGUUGUGGUCUCUGCUUGCAUAUAGGCGACGUAUGAACUUUUCCAUAGUCAGUAAUAUAGUUUAUGUUUGAAGUGAACGGCAAGGUGGGAGCUACAAUAUGCCUGCUUGAGUUUGUACUCAGCCUGAGAUAAUGUUUUGCUGGAUUCUGGAACUGAACGGAUCCAAUGAUAAUUUCAGACACGGGCAGUGUUUUGCUCCAUUAUAGCUCUCCAACCUAAAGUGAAAAACUAGGAGAAAGGUGGCACAAUUCCCCACCUCAGUUCAGGAACUUCCUAGCAAUUUAGAUACAUUCUUAUCUCCAUGAGAUAUUAUUUUAAGUGUUAUCUUGAUUUCCACUCUCCUUCAUGAGGUUGCAUCGUAA